UGGGGGCAGAGGAGGAUUGUGGAAAAGCAAAGGGCGAGAGAGCGAGAAACGAGGCCCGACAGUGGUGCGGUGACCACGGAGGGGAGGGGAGCGGAGGACGGGGCAGCUGUCUGCGGGUGCUUGACUGGUGUGGAGAGGAGCCCGGGUCACGGUGCUCCGUGUGCCCGUGCACCGAGGACGACGCGCUCACGUCCAUACACGAUGUCUGUUACACCGCGGCGGAGCUGUCCGUGUUGUCGCGUUACUCGGGCGCAGUGCUCGCACCGUAUCCCUCCGCAGCGGCUCCGCGCUGAGGGGCUGGCCGGGGCUCGUCUGGCUCUCCGGUCAACAUGGCGCUGUGCGCCCGCGGUGCAGCGAACUGCCGCGAGAAACAAGUUGAAGUAAAAGAGUUAGCUGCCGUGCUAGCGCUAGCUGCGGCUCGACCCGCUCCUGACGCGUUAGCGCCGCAGACGAGCUCGUUCGACGUGGUGAGAAACAAAGCGACACCGGGGAAGCACCGAGUGUCUGUGAGGCCGCGGGCCCCCGGAGCACCGAGGGGGUCCUCGCUCCGAUGUCCCCUUGCCGCCACAAAUAGUCCCGGAGCAGCUAACAUCGUGCUAACGGCUAACUCCUCCGUGGUGGGUGUGUGGUCCCCGGUGAACAGACGUGGAUCAGACGGGGACCAGGAGGGGUCACCUGUCCCCUCUUCAGACCCCAUGUCUUCAUACUGUUACUGUCGGCCACCUGUCCUGUCCCCUCACUAGAAUGUCCCAGUGUCUGCAGCCUCUGCAGUGAAGUGAUGGCAGCCCAGUCGGUUUCCAUAGACAAGUAUCCACAGGGAGAGCAGCAGAUGCAAGGUGUGGUGAAGGUAGACAGUGAUUCAGAGCAGACAUUUCUUGAGGGGGCGUUGGCAGAGGUGCCCAGCCCGGCACCGACGGAGCCGCAGACGCCCAUGGACGCAGACAAAGCCUCCAUAUAUCGGCACCCUCUCUUCCCUCUGUUGGCGCUGCUCUUUGAGAAGUGUGAACAGUCCACACUGAGCUCUGACUGCAUCACCUCUGCCAGCUUUGAUGUGGACAUUGAGAACUUUGUCCGCAGUCAGGAGAAAGAGGGCAAACCCUUCUUCAGUGAAGACCCAGAACUCGACAACUUGAUGGUGAAAGCCAUCCAGGUGCUGCGGAUCCACUUGCUGGAGCUGGAGAAGGUGAGCGACCUGUGUAAGGACUUCUGCAGCCGCUACAUCGCCUGCCUCAAGACGAAGAUGAACAGUGAGACCUUGCUGAGUGGAGAUCCAGGCAGCCCAUACUCCCCCGUACCAGGUCCGGCCCAGGGCUUCUCACCCACCAAGCCUCAGAACCCCAGCUCCCUCUCGGGGACCAUCAGUCCCCAGGGUCAGAUCAUGGUGCCAGCGUCGGCCCUGCAGCAAGGAAACGUGACGGUGACCACCGUUAACCCAACCCAGGUGGUUGCAGGUAUGUCUUCAUGGCAUACAACCACUCCCCCAGGUGGCACCGUGUACCAGCCUGUUACAGUGGUCACUCCUCAGGGCCAGGUGGUGACACAGGCCCUUUCUCCCGGGACAAUACGUGUCCAAAACAAUCAGCUCCAGCUGCAGUUUCACCAGGACUUGAAUCUCUUUAAUCAUGACGACAACUCAACCAAGAACAAGCGUGGCGUUCUACCCAAACACGCCACCAAUGUCAUGCGCUCAUGGCUCUUCCAGCACAUCGGGCACCCAUAUCCAACAGAGGAUGAAAAGAAACAGAUUGCUACUCAGACAAACCUGACACUUCUGCAGGUCAACAACUGGUUCAUCAAUGCACGGAGGCGGAUCCUGCAGCCCAUGUUGGAUGCCAGCUCCUCGGAGACGCCCAAAGCCAAGAAGAAAACCCCUCAGAACCGGCCUCUGCAGCGCUUCUGGCCUGACUCCAUCGCCACUGGGGGAGGCACCCAGCAGCACGUCACCAUGCCAGAUGGUACCAUGGUGACGAUGAACGUGGAGGGUCUGCACAGCCUGACGUCGGACGGCGCCACACUGGCCAUACAACAGGUGAUGCUGGGGGGCCACAGUGAGGACGAGUCGGGGGACGAGGACGACGAGGACGACGACGCAGACAUGGCCGGGCUGGGCCUGGACAACAGCGACUCGCUGCAGUAGAGGAGACUCUCCCUCACACACUGAUGUACAUGCGCGCACACACACACACACACACACACACACACACACACACACACACACACACACACACACACACACACACACACACACACACACACGUCGGAACACCAGUACACUCUCAAACACACAGUACACACACACACACACUAGGUUUAAAUCGAGCACAAACUAGGACAUAACAUUCUUCCACCCCUCCACCUGCUGAGAUGUGUGAACAUCAGGAGUUUUUAAUUGUUUAGUUGAUGUAGGCGAGUGCACUUUUUAUAUAUUUAAGCUCAAAAAGAUUCAAUCAAACAAACGGAAGAAGAAAAAAACAAGUGUUAAAAACACAGAAGCUCCGAUAGUACAUGUUGACUGACUCCCCUGCCCAAGUCCUGUUGAUUUCUCAGUUUGGAUGCCAACACUUUAGAGUUUUACCUGUAAGGAUUUGUCUUCACGUUUUGCAUGCCUGUGUUUUGAGUAGAUGUGCACUCUUCUGACUGACUCCAACUGAAGUGACUGAGGGAAAAGAGAGAUGCUUAUUUUUAUAUCUAAAAAUAUGAAAUUAGUGUUUUUUUUCCUUUUUUGUGUUCUCCUGUUUUGUAAGGAAUAUUUAUGUACAGAUUCAUAAUUAAAGGUAGCGACCCUGUUUUCCAGGGUUCUUUGAAGUUUUCUAAAAAAGAAAAACAGAAAAAGGAAUUGAAUGCUGAUUAAAAUUGCUAUUUAAAUUGGUUUUAAAUGUACAUUCUAACAAGGCCUUACCUGUGUUCUUUUCUAAAGGAUCUUUGCCAAGAAGCACAAAAACAAAGUCUGACCGUUGUCGAAUCGGUCGAGUAGACACUAAACUGCAGAACACUUACACGUUGUUCAUCAUUUUCCUUUGUGUGCUGCGGCGUCAAACUUAUGUGACUGCAGUGCUCAUAUUUUUAUCAAAUACCCACAUUGUGUAUACCAUAUGUCUUUUCAUCGUUCUACAGUAACAGCGUAGGCAUCACUUUCUCUAAUGCACAAUCCAGAACACUAUGCUAAUGACACAUCGGGGGUCUGACAUGGAGCCCCCUCCGAGGACAGUAUCCACACUGAGAUAUGAACUCAUCAACAAGAAGCAGUGAACUUUUGCACGCAUUGAUCUUUUAUUUAUGUUUACAUACAUGCUACUGCAGAGAGAGCGUGUGACUACAGACAUGUAGUGAAACAUUUGAAAGGUGCCUCUUGUUUGACAAACUGUAACGUCGUCCUGUACAACAGUUGUCCGUCAGUCGUUGCAGUAAUCUGGUUUGUAAUGUUGAUUUCGUGCAGCCUGAGGGAGCAGAGACUCUGGGGGGAGCUGUUCCUCUCUCGCGCCCUUCUGGCUUUUUAUGACGCUCUGUUCACUUUUCUGUCUGUUUUGCCUUAGAGCUUUCUAUUUUGGAAUAAAUGAUGCCUAACUCUGC